UUUGGAUACUAACCGUAAAGAUGAAGGCUUUUGUUUGUUUGUUGGUGGUGGCCGUGGCUGCUACUCAUGUACAAGGCGGUUUCCUUAGCGGAGGCGGCGGUGGUUGGUCCGGAGGCGGAAGCGGAGGUGGCUGGUCCGGCGGCGGCGGUGGAUACGGAAGCGGCGGCUGGUCCGGAGGAGGUGGCAGCGGCUGGAAAUCUGGCGGAGGAGGCUGGAAAUCAGGCGGCAGCGGCUGGUCCAGCGGUGGCCUUUCUAGCGGCGGUUGGCUAGGAGGCGGCGGAGGCGGAAGCGGAUGGAAAUCCGGCGGAGGCGGAGGAUGGUCAGGAGGCGGCGGUGGCUCCACUGUAAAAAUCAUUAAAGUGAUCGUACCCAGCGGAGGCGGCGGCGGCGGCGGACACGGAGGCUGGUCAGGCGGCGGCGGCGGAGGCGGAUACGGAGGCGGAUACGGAAGCGGUAGCGGAUGGAAAUCCGGCGGAGGCGGCGGCGGUUGGUCGUCUGGUCUGAGCAGCGGCUGGUCUUCUGGCGGCAGUGGAUGGCCCAGCGGCGGAGGAGGCGGUUGGUCCAGCGGCGGCAGCGGAAAGGGCUGGUCGAGCGGUGGCGGCGGAAACGGUUGGUCCAGCGGCGGCGGUAGCGGUUGGAAAUCUGGAGGUGGAGGCGGUGGAUGGUGGUAAUCCGUCGGGAAUUGAGUAAAUGUGCCGGAGUACCUAUCACUUUCUUUCCACACAAACACCGAAAUAAAAAUAUGUGAUCACUGCAUUUAGUUGUAAAAUUUCACUCUAUACGUG